UCUGCGUGUUAAAUUCAAAGUAGGUAACUGUUGCCCACACCUUAGCGGCAUCUAUGACCUAUUGGUUGUUUUAUGCGUUAAUAUAACCUCAACAAAAUGUACAUCAACAAAGAUACAAUAAUAAUAGGAAAAAACGUUAUUUUAGUUCCAUAUAGAAAGGAACAUGUUCAAAAAUAUCAUGAAUGGAUGAAAUCGGAGGAAUUACAAAAAUUAACAGCUUCCGAACCAUUAUCUUUAGAGGAGGAGUAUGAAAUGCAGCAGUCUUGGCUCAGAGAUGCAGACAAAUUAACAUUUAUUAUACUUGAAAAGGCCAAAUAUGAUACAAACAAGAACGAAGUUGAAUCAAUGAUUGGAGACACAAAUUUGUUCUUUAUAAAUCCAGAUGAUAGAAUAUCUGCUGAAGCAGAAAUCAUGAUUGCUGAUGAAAGUGCAAGAGGUAAAAAAUUAGGAUGGGAAGCAAUGUUACACAUGUUUUUGUAUGGCAUAACAUACUUGAAUGUGAAAUUGUUUGUUGUAAAAAUUUCUGUUGAUAAUGAUAUUAGUCAAAACAUGUUUAAAAAUAUGGGCUUUAUUGAGGAAAGUAGAAGUGAAAUUUUUCAAGAGAUCACAAUGACCAAAGUUGUUGAUAAAUUGUGGGAGCAGUGGAUUCAUACUCACUUAGAUCCAUAUGAAAUAAAGGAAUCUUCACAAUACUUGAUUGUUUCAUUCUUAUUUAUACUAAUUAUGUAAAUUUAAUGACUUAAUACGAGUUUUGUUAAGGUGUUUCUACAAGUUUGAUGCUUUGAUUUUAAGUUAUUUAUCUUUCAUUUUUAUUUAUAUUAAGCAAACUCAAAAUUAUAUAUAGAUAUUUAUUUUUAUGAUUUUUAUGUCAUUUAAUUAAAAUUUAUUUCUCCAUUUCAGAGGAGAAACAAAAAUGUAAUAAAUUACAGUAAUUUAAAUCUUUUUUUGAUUUAGGUUUAGAACAAGACUGGUUAACUGUGCAAGGGGCGAUGAAAAGUAAGUUUUUGUAUUGAUUAAUUUCAACUUUUUUCUCUUCAUAUUUUAUGAUUUAAUGAAAAAGAAUGGAAUAUAUAUGUUUAAUUUUUUGGCUUUUGAAAAGGUAGUAAUAACAAACAUUCCCCACCUAAAAACUUCCUUUAUUGGUUAGUAAAUAUAUGUGUAGACUACAUGUUAGAAAUAAAGUAUAAAUGUUGUAACAUAUAACAAUUAACGCUAAUGAUAAUGGCAAACGAUUGGAACGUGUGAAUGAAAAUAAGAAAAUCGUUCAUACGUUUCUAGCGUUAAAACCGACAUAAAAAUAAUAUCUUAAACAUCUUCCCUAAGACUAACUUUUAUCAAACGACUUUAAAGCAAUGAUACAG